AUGGGGCUAGUUUUCACGCUUUGCUGGCCAAGGUUCAGUUCUGGUAAUCAAGGAGGGUUUUUAGCAGCUAUGGUUCCUGGUUUCAAUGCUUUCAAAUUGCUUCUUUUGGGACUCGAAAUGCGGAAAGAUGAGAAGGCUGUUAAGUUGAUGAGCGGAUUGGGAGAUCACUAUAGGCAAAUUCUCAAGGCAUCAUUUUAUUACCUUACCGCAAUCUCCUUAGCCAGUGUUGUUUAUUGGAGAACUUCUCCGGUGGCUGUUGCAGCAGUAUGCAAACUUUGUGCUGGAGAUCGUAUAGCUCCUAUUGUGGGGAGGCGUUUCGGGAGCCUGAAAUUACCAUACAAUAAAAACAAAUCCGUUGCUGGAAUUAUUGCAAUGGUGGCAGCUAGUUUCUUACCCCCAUUUUCACAUUAUCAAAACUUGAUGUACAGUUCCCUGACAAAAAAGGUUGCGCAACAGGUAGAUGCACUAUUUCUCGAUAUUUGGGUACCUUCAAGAAAGCUGGAAAAUGGUACACAAAUUCUUUGUGGAUUAGUGGUAUCAGCACAAAACUUGAUGACAAUUUGA